AUGAGUAUAACUGGCGGUGGCAGUCCACGAGACGGAGGAGAGCAGCCUCAGGGAACACCGGCCGAUAGACGAUAUGGUACUCCGCCAGUAGCGAAUAUCCCGGCUCGCGUAUUUGACUCGCCGAGACCACCCAGUACUGUUCCCAACUAUGGAUCUGUGCCUCAAAGACCGGCGUUUAAUCCCGGUCCCACUUCUGGCUCUGGCACUGCUACUCCCACCAUCAACGGCGACGAAGACGAACGAACAAGAGUUGUAAGAAGACACUUGGUAUCGGCCGAGGAACGAACCGAUGCCUCGCGCAGACCAUCAGCAGGCGGCAUCAGUCUUGCUCGGCCACAGUACUUGUCUCGUCAUCCCAGCUCUGGUGCCGCCUCUGGCACCGGCUCAACUUCACAGAAUCCGAACCCAGCCCCAAAUCUUGACGAGCCAUUCCCCAUCCCGUAUGGAUCCCAUGGCGGUGACGUUACACACGAGAUUUACAAGUGGCAUGCCGACCAAGGUCGUGAGCACCUUCGUCGGCCACGAUCCGUAUCCUUCUCGGGCCCCCAAUUAUCGGUCGAUCCUGCGUUUAGACACAUUCAUGAACCGGGAGGAUUCCGCCGUAACUAUGUGAUGGCCGCCCGGGAACAAGGCCAAGACCACCCGAGGAUGUUGCACAACUUUAUCGAAUUCCUUUAUCUCUACGGUCAUUUCGCCGGAGAAGAUCUUGAGGAGGAGGACGAAGAGGAAGAUUUGGGUGCGUCUCCCACCGAUGAAGAGCAGGGGCCGCUCUUGGAAGGCGCAAGUGCGGACCAACCCGAGAGUCAGCUGAUCCACCGUAGUGUUGCGUCACUGAAACCCUCGGAACGCACUCCGCUCAUGUCCCGGAGCAUGAGCCAAAGCCAUGCCUCGAUCCGCCGACGGCGCAGACAGAGUGUGGGGUCACAUGGUGAUGCAACCGUCACUCAGGCAGUACUCAUGCUUCUCAAAUCCUUCGUUGGCACCGGUGUCCUCUUUUUGGGAAAAGCUUUCUCCAAUGGCGGAAUGCUCUUUUCAACAGUUGUGCUCGUCGUGAUCGCGCUGGUGUCGCUAUGGUCGUUCUUGCUCCUUGUGCACGCCAAGUUUGCAGUUUCCGGUUCAUUCGGUGACAUUGGUGGUGCACUCUACGGCAACUGGAUGCGACAGCUCAUCCUUGCAUCGAUCGUCAUCUCCCAACUUGGAUUCGUCUCUGCAUACUUGAUCUUUGUGGCCGAAAACUUGCAAGCGUUUAUUCUGGCCGUGUCGAAAUGCAAGCAUCUCGUCUCGACCACCACACUCAUUUUCGCCCAGCUGGUCCUCUUUAUCCCGCUAUCGCUCGUCCGCAACUUAGCCAAGUUGAGUACGACGGCGCUCGUUGCUGAUGGGUUCAUCCUGGUUGGUUUGGUCUAUUUGUUCUCCAUGGAAGCCAAGGUCAUCUCGGACCGCGGAGGUGUGGCGGAUAUCAAGUGGUUCAACGAAAAGGAUUUCCCGCUAUUGAUUGGAACGGCUGUAUUCUCGUUCGAGGGUGUUGGACUGGUUAUCCCCAUCACAGAUGCCAUGCGCGAACCGCGCAAGUUCCCCAAGGUCCUGACGGGUGUCAUGCUUUUCCUCAUCGUCCUAUUCGGUGGAGCGGGUGCAUUGGCGUACGCAGCAUUUGGCUCGAAUAUCGAUACCGUCGUUCUCAAGAACCUGCCACAAGACUCCAAACCGGUCCAAUCUGUGCAGUUCUUGUACUCGCUCGCUAUCCUCUUGUCCACUCCACUCCAGCUGUUCCCGGCUCUACGUAUCCUCGAAACCGCCUUGUUCGUCAAGUCUGGCAAGACCAGUUUGCGAGUCAAGUGGACCAAGAACCUGUUUAGGUUGUUUGUCGUCCUUGGAUGUGUGGGCGUUAGUAUCUUUGGAGCUAAGGAUCUGGACAAGUUUGUGUCAUUUGUCGGAAGCUGUGCUUGUGUCCCACUGUGCUUUGUCUACCCUGCGAUGCUCCAUUACAAGGCAGUAGCCAAGACCCGGUUCCAGAAAGGAUCCGACAUUGCGCUGAUGAUAUUCGGUAUGGCUGCAGCAAUUUACACGAGUAUCCAAACGAUCAAGUUGAUGGCGGCUCCCUCUGGCCCUGCCGAGCCAGUUGGACACUGCGUUCCUCCCGUAACGAAACCUGGCUCUGGAAACGGACCCGAUUCGCCUUUUUGGCCUGGUGCGGGUUUGUUCUGA